AUGUCGUUCCCCGAGGUCACCGCCGCGAAUGUGGCCGAGGUGCUCCACAAUGAUCGUAUGGUCAUCGCCGGCGUGGACGUAGACGGCCAGCUGCGCGGCAAACUCAUGAAGAAGAGCAAGUUCUUAUCUAUCGCCACCGGUGGGUUCGGUUUCUGCUCCAUUAUCUUUGGCUGGGACCAACAAGACACGGGCUAUCCUAAGGAGCUCGCUAUAUGCAACGAAGAGAAUGGCUAUAGAGAUCUAAUUGCAGUCCCGGAUCUGAGCAGCUUUCGGCGUAUCCGGUGGGAGAAUAAAGUGCCUUUCUUCCUUCUCAGCUUCUUAGACCCGGACACACAAGAGCCAGUCUGCGCGUGCCCACGAGGGCUGUUGAAAAAUGCGACUGCGAAAGUUGAGGCUGCCGGACCCCCGGCUGAUAUGUUUGCAGCCGAGUAUGAGUUCGGCCAUUUUCGGAUACCGGGUGAUAGUUUUAGCCCGGAACGCGCUGCAUCUGGCAUCACAUCCUUCAUACAAAACAAUUCGGUUGACUCGCUACCAUCACUAACAGAGGGUAUGUUUGGGUACUCCAUGACUCGCUCGUUGCACAGUGAGAAUUAUCAUGACGGAAUUCUCGAUGCAUGUGAACAGUUCCGUUGUAAUAUUGAGGAAUGGCGUGCGAAGAGCGGUCCCGGUGCUUUUGAAGCUUGCAGCGAGGCCAAGGAUAUGGCAGAUAAGGCUAGCUUAUGCAAAUACGUUGUCAAGGCCUACGGUAUCAAACACGGCAUCACACCUUGUUUCAUGGCAAAGCCGCGCCACGAGCUACCUGGGAAUGGUGGGCACAUGAAUAUUUCUCUCAUUACCGCCGAUGGCAAAAGUGCUUUCACUCGCGACACUCCCGAUCCGUCUCCUCCUUACCCAGAUGUGGCACAUUUGUCGGAUCUCGGUCGCCAAUUCCUCACCGGUCUAUUGGUAGGCUUACCGGACAUCAUGCCGCUGUUUGCACCAACUAUUAAUUCUUAUAAGCGUCUGGUGGAGGACCUCUGGGCUCCUAACACUGUAUCCUGGGGUCUGGAGCACCGCGCAGCGUUCAUUCGACUGAUUACACCCCCAACUGCUAACGCGAAUGCCACCCGCUUUGAAAUCCGUGUUCCUGGUGCAGAUGCCAAUCCGCACUUCGUGUUUGCCGCAAUAAUAGCCCUCGGCUGGCGUGGCGUAGAGAAAAAGCUCGAAAUUCCUGUGCCACCGUUGCCCAAGGGCGAGGAUAUGAGUAGCUCUAGCGAUAAGAGUAUGCCCUUGGCCAAGGCAUUGAAAGAGGCAGUGGCCACGUUCACACGGCUAGAUAGUGUGGCUCGAGAGGUGUUUGGAGACAGCUUCGUUGAACACUUUGGUGGCACGAGGGAGUAUAAAAUCCAACUGUGGGAGCAAGCCGUGACUGACUGA